AUGGGAACUGAGAAAACUUUUGAUGCUUCCGGGGUGCAAAAUGAGGUUGCUAGGUUAAGUAUUUCCACCGAUAUCGACCGGAAGCAAAUGGUGUCGAUGAUCAAAAGUUCCAUUGCUAAGAGUCCGAGAUCCAAGCCAGCAGAACUUGUCAUUGAUCCAAACCUUGUUUCCCGCAAGAUAUCCAUUUCUGAUAUUAGGGACUUGAUUUUAUUCAUUUUCAAUGAAUUGCCUUCGAAUAUCAGGUGGUUAAGCCUUCAAAAUCACUUGAAUAUUAAAAAGGCUGUUUUUUUGUGUGUUCCUGGUAUCCGCGGUUCUGAUUUUGGGAUCAAAAAGGAUGCUAUUAGUCCUCAACUCAUUCAGGCAAAUGAAAUUGAUAAGAAUCUCAAACCGUUCAAAGAUUUUUUUAAAUAUGCCUGGCCUGCAAAAUCACCAGGUUCCAAGCAGAAAUUAUAUUCUACCUUUCAUACCUUGGUUAAUGUUCCAAUGACUAGAACGAAGCGUAAGGCGGUCCAGAAACAACAGAAGCAAGUUGGUAUUACUCUACAUGAUUUGAUAUUGACUGUUGGCCAAGCGAUUGCUAACAAGUAUCCUAUUCACUCUUUAUUGAAAGAAAAAUCUACCAGUGAUCAAUGUGAGCUAAUUGAAGAAUUGGAGUUUAAGUCCAGCUCGGAUGGCUGGGUAGAAACUGAAGUUUUCGAACAUGAGGGGUCUAAAACUUUUGCCGUGGAUUGUGAAAUGUGUCUUGCUGGAUCUAUAAAAGUCCUUACUAGAGUUUCUUUGAUUAACUUCAAUAAUGAGAUUUUGAUUGAUGAGCUUGUGAAACCAGACGAAGAAAUAACUGACUAUGUGACUAAAUAUUCUGGUAUUACUGAAGAUUUACUCCGUGGCGUUACAACCACUCGCAGUGAGAUUCAAAAAAAGAUUCUCUCCAUCGUUAGUGCGGAUGAUGUUUUAAUUGGUCAUUCUUUGGAGUCUGAUUUGAAUGUCCUUCAAAUCAAGCAUAAGACUAUCGUUGAUACUGCCUUGAUAUAUGAUCAUACAUAUGGCCAUCCGUUGAAGCCUUCAUUGAAGUGGCUAGUUCAGAAAUUUUUGAAUAGAGAAAUUCAAAAUAACUUGAAAGGACAUGACUCUGUUGAGGACGCUAAAGCAUGCAUGGACCUUGUCAAACUAAAGUUGCAAAAUGGCAUAGAAUUCGGUAAAACUUUCAGUAGCACGGUCGAAAUUUUUAGUCGAAUCAAUUCUAAGCUUAUUGAUCGCUGUGUUGGUGACAACCAAGCUAAGGACACCAGCCAGGAACAUAAUUUUGAUGAUUUGAAAUCUAGAUUAAGAAAGACCUUGGUUGUUGAUUAUAAAAAAUCUGGACCAAUUGUUGGAAGCCCUCAUAACCUAAACUUUGGAGAAAGAAUGAGAGCAGAAAAUGAUGACGAGGUCGUUGAUACAUUGGUCCAAAAUAUUAACAACUAUGAUUUGUUUCUUGGACUGCUUAGAGAAGCCGAAUUCGAAUUUGGAUGGUCGGAAAAACCAGAUACUAAGAAUGGUGAACCAGCGGACGAGAAGAGCCAGGAUACCGAAAAAGAAAAGAUCAGCCCAACCAUCAUUUAUAAAAAUUUAUCAGACCGUAUUGAGAAAGUCAUCUCAUCUUUACCUGAUUCUACCUUAUUGGUUGUAUCCUCCUCUAAUGGUGAUCCUCGCCAUAUGUUGAAAUUGCAAAAUCAGAAAAAAUCUUUUCAAACAGAUGGGGGUGGAAGCUGGACAAUAACUGAUGAAGAUGAACUAAUGAAAGCAGUAGACCAAGCAAGGGAUUGUUUGCUCUUCAUAGGCUUGAAGGCUGGGGGAGAUUCAAUUGUUAAAGGGCUUCCUGCCUUACAUACACAACCUGUAUUUAGUGAAUCAGCAGUUGAAGAUUAG